AUGGGGUCCGGCCCGAAGGCCCGUCGGGGCGGCCCUGCCUCGCCCCCGCGCCUAACGCGGGCACCCCGCCGUGUUUUCCAGGAGGAGACGCAACCGGCCACCCUCAACAUCCCCCUGGUGAAUACCAAGGCAGAAGUUCGGUUCCACCUGGCGUCAGCAGACUGGAUUCCAGAAGCUGCAAGACAAAAAAUGGCAUCGAUGCACAGGAAUAAGAUAAACCGAGCUGGUGAGCUGAUUGUGAACUCUGAAGAGAGUCGCUACCAAAUGAGGAAUCUGGCGAUUUGUCUAGAAAAAAUCAGAACGAUGGUCAUGGAGGCUACCGAGAAGCCCAAGGUGGUGUCUAAGGAGACAACACAGAAACUCAUAGAGAGGGUGGAAAAAAUGAACCGUGAGCGACUACGACAGAAAAAGAUACACUCAAAUAUAAAGCAGAGCAGGAAGGCAGACUUUGACUGAGAACAGCAGAGAUCAAAGUCCUUCUUCAUACCAUCUUUUUAAAGAAAUGGCAUUGGCAGCUGUAGCUGAUGCUAAACUCAUGAACUAUCUUGAAUAAAAAUGGUCUAAAAGUGUAAAUAAAAA